GUUCUGUGCCGCGAAUCAUCAUCGUACACAGGAGGCAUACAUUCUUCCGUGGCAACGCCGGACACCCGUUAACCGAAAGCAGCUGGACUCCUUGCCCACUACAGCACCGCCAGAUUUGCAAUCCGCACUACUACUUCCCCCAGCACAGACCAGGCUGCACAGCUGACAGCAUAGCCAUAGCGCGAUCUCCGGCCAUCUCUCUCCAUCCCCAUCUCCGAUUAUCUCCACUCAUCCCACCCUACUGCGACCCACGUUCUCUCCCCGCGCGUACCUACGUGGUCGGUGGUCCUGCUAGCUGCUGCCCACGGCCAGCCCGCGCGCGCGCCUCAAAUCCUCCCCACCCGGCCACGCCGACGCCGGGAUCCAUACUAUCGAUCCUCCACACACACCAUGGCCGUGAUGAUGCAUCGUCCCGAGCCGCCCAACUCCGCCGCGCGCCGCUCGCGCCUCGUCGUGAACCUCCUCGGCGCCUUCUUCGCCAUCCAGCUCCUCCUCUUCAUCGCCUUCCGCUCCCCGCCUCCCACGCGCGCCGCCCCGGCGGCCGCCACCGACAGCAGCGCCGUGCUCGUGCCGCCGCCUAGCCGCGGCGCCGAGGAUCCUUCCGGCUGCGGGGGAGGACGCGUGUACGUCUACGACCUCCCCGCCGUCUUCAACGAGGACCUGCUCUCCCUGUGCGACGCGCUCGCGCCGUGGUACUCGCUCUGCCCCUACCUCGCGAACGACGGGCUCGGGUUCCCGGUGGAAGGGAGUACCGGGCUGUCGUCCAUCCUGCCGGACGAGCUGCUCGGGUCCUGGUACUCCUCGGACCAGUUCGCUCUCGAGCACAUCCUCCACCGCCGCCUGCUCUCGCACCGGUGCCGCACCACCGACCCGGCGCGCGCCACGGCGUUCUUCGUGCCGUUCUACGCCGGGCUCGCCGUCGGGCGCCACCUCUGGGCGGCCAACGCCACCGACGCCGACCGGGACAGGGACUGCGUCGCGCUGCUGUCCUGGCUCCACGCCCAACCCUACUACAAGCGGUCCAGUGGCUGGGACCAUUUCCUCGCGCUGGGCCGCAUCACGUGGGACUUCCGCCGCGGCCCGGAAGGAGGGUGGGGCGGCAGCUUCCUCACCAUGCCCGGCGUCGCCAACGUCACCCGCUUCGUUAUCGAGCGCGACCUGGAGGACGCCAUGGACGUCGGCAUACCGUACCCGACCGGCUUCCACCCGCGAGCCGCCGCCGACAUGCGCGCGUGGCAGCGGCACGUCUCCGGCUUCCCACGCCCCAAGCUCUUCGCCUUUGCGGGCGAGCCCCGGUCGGCCAUCAAGGGGGACUUCCGCGCCGUGCUGCUCAAGGAGUGCCAGGCCGCCGGCGCGGCGUGCGGCGCCAUGGACUGCGCCGAGGGCAAGUGCGUCAAGAAAACCGAGCUCGUCCAGCAGCUCUUCAUGGGCGCGCGGUUCUGCCUCCAGCCGCGCGGGGACAGCUACACGCGGCGCUCGAUAUUCGACUGCAUGGUGGCCGGAGCCGUGCCGGUCUUCUUCUGGCGGCAGACGGCGUACUCGUCGCAGUACGAUUGGUACCUGCCGGCUGACGACGGCCAAGAAAGGGAGUGGUCCGUGUUCAUUGACCCCCACGAGCUGCGGGCCGGCAACCUGACCGUGCGUGGCGUGCUCGCGGCCAUCCCCGAGGCGCGGGUGCGGCAGAUGAGGGAGCGCGUGGUGGAGAUGGUACCGAGGCUGGUCUACGCCGCUGCGGACAAGGAUGGGCUCGGCAGUGGCAUGAAGGACGCGGUGGACGUCAUGGUCGACGGCAUGCUGCGGCGGGCUGCUGAGCAGCGCCGGAACUGGAGGACAUAAUUUUGUCACUGGAGACUGGAGGGGAUCAAACGGUCAAAUUGAUCAUUCUUUUACAUUUUAUUCUUCAGGAUUCGUCCUGUGAAGCAUAGUUCUUUUAGUGGUCGUGUGAAGAAUUGAAGAGUAAAGAACGGCUAUUUGACCGUGGCUGCAGAUGUGAAUUACAGUACGGAAUGGGGUAAUUAAUUAACAGAAUCUAAGUGUAUGGAACUGUGUAGUCUGAAUACCACUUGCAAUUACGCGGGGCAUUGUGCACAUUGGAGUAUGUAAAGCAGAUUCUCAACUCUCAACAAAGUUGACUGUUUAAUCUGUAA